ACUAGACUGGCCAAGGCAGACCUGUUACACUUGCCUGAGUUAGGCAUUGUUUGCCAUGCCACUAAACCUGCCGUCAAGUGAAACCUUCAUUGGGGAAAUGAGAUCGGAGUCUGAACCGCAGAAGAUGGACGCCCUGUCUCUGUUUUUUAUUGUUUUACUUUAAUUUCAUUUCUUUUUCUUUAUUUUGUCCCCUUUUUUGUUUUGUUUUUGUUUUUGUUUUGUUAAAUCUCUUUCACUUUAACUUGUGAGCUGGUUUUCCAGUUCUUUGUAAAUGGUAUUUCAUUAAGGGUUCAUAACGUGUUGCAAAUUAUAUUGGGAGAUGAUUAGCAGAGUUCAACCUUAAGAUAAAGCAAAUUUUCAUGUGGUAAAUUAGGAUACAGUGUUGUGAAGCUCAGUGUGAGUCUUAAUUCGUGUGUAUGGACUGCUAAGGUACAUUUUGUUCUUUAAACAUUAAAACACUGCUAAGUAUCUCAGGAACACUUUCUGAUCUCAGCGCAGCAUUUUUCUAGUUCUUUUUCCCCCUAGUCUACAUCUCUCAUAAAAACUGAUAGCUCCUAAUUUUUGUCCUUCCCUCUGCAAUUUUAUGCAUACAAAAGCAUCAAGGAAAAUAAGUAAAUACAACUAUCUGGGAGUAGAGAAGAGCCUUUUAUUUUUGUGAUGGUUAUUUAUUAUAUAACUUAUUUCCUUGACUUAACAAAGACUUUAUUGCCUAUGUGGGGAAUGGAUAUUUGAGAAACUUACUUAUUUGCAUGUGUGUUUUUGUUAGCGUGAUUUUUUUUGUUGAAUAUUCUUUGGAGGUUACUAGCUUCUACAUGGAUUCUGAGAUUAGGACUAAAACUUUAAUACUGUGAGAGAUGUUUUCCUCAGUGACUUUGAGGAGUAUAGUUUGGGAAAAAUGCUAAAUGCUUAUUUGUUUUAUACUUUUAUAAACCCUGUUAUUUGGAGGGUAAAUUUGGUAGAAUUCUAUCUUGGAAAUUAAGUGAUGCAGCUUUUUCUUAAAGUACUUUCACCAUUACCAUUAGGUAAUUAGAAUAAGUAUAUAGAGUAAUUAGAAUGGUAAUUAACAGUUAAUUUAUUUAAAAAUGUGCUUACAGUGGAGUUAUACAUUUAUAGUAGUUUAUUACUCUUGUGAAAGGUAGUGAGAGAGUCUGACAACCUAUUGAUAUUUUAAGCCAAAAGUGAAAGAUUUCAUAAUACUGAGUAAUCAACUUUUGACUGGUGUUGAAUACUCUUUUUGUUUGUGUAGUCUUUCUACACUGUCUUCAAUGGGAAGUUUUGCUUAUUAAUGGACAAGUAAUACUAAAUUUGGAACAUUAUUAGAUUAGAACUCUUAGUUUUUUUAGGUGCAUAUUUUAAGGUAGUGAAGAUGGAGUUUAUCUCAAAACCUCACCAAGAAUGUUUAGGUUUUACAAACUUUUUAAGAUAAUUUAUAACAGAAAAACAGGUGAAAUCAAUAUAAAUAGUAUAGUAUAUAUGUGGGUAUAUAUAAAUAUGUGUGUUAAUACCAAUAACUAAUACAUAUAAAACAGAUUAUUGUUAUUUGACGUUUUCAAUAAGGCCUGCUUGCCUUUUGUUUAUGCAUGUUAAGAAAUCUGUUCUCCAGAAUUUAUACUGAAAUAAUAAAAUAACUUUGGUUUUGAAAUUAGUAAAGUAAUAUAAACUUAGAUGCUGUAAAGUUAGAAAGUAGUAGGCAUUUGCUAAAACUAAUUAAAUGUAAUUUUUAUUUGCUUCCUAAUAAAUAAGCCACAGCCAUUAUUUAAAUAAAGUUUUCAAUUUUGAAUUGAGUUCCAUCCAUGUUUAGAGAUAUAUUCAGAUAAUAUUGUUUAGGGAUUUACUUUACACAUCUGGUUGUUCAUAUAAAUUUUUACAACUGAAACCAGGCAUGGUGCUUGUGGAAAUUUACUGCAUAUGCUAUAUUUCAGUUUAGCAUGAUUUUGUGCAUUGUCUUUUAAAACACUUUUGGAGAAUUAAUAAUGGAAAUGCUUCACCAGCUAGUACAUGAGUAUUCUAAAUAUAUCCACAUGUAGUCAACUAUUUAAGAUUUUUUUUUUUUUGCCUAAGAAGAUAAGGAAAAAUAACGUGAAAGUUGCAGUCCUUAUCAGAAGUAAUUGAUUAGAAUUCAGCAGCGAAUAUGACAAAUCAUACUUACUUCAGAGUAAGUUUUUCAUUUUUUUAGGUUGUAGGGUUUUUUUUCCUUCUUAGUGUUAUUAGAUUAUUUUAGUGCUACUCUUGUUAUUAGGUGGUUAAAAUGUUUAUAAGCAAGCUUUAAAGCAUUCACCUCCCCCUUUAGAUAAGUAUACAUAAGUUUGUUCUAAAAGUUAGUAUUUUAAGAAGUUUUUUGAAAAAGGGAACUUUUUUUUUCCCCUAAAAAUUGUUUUAGCAGUUUUCCAAGGCAUAUUUUUUGGAACUGAAUUUCUCAUUAGGCAUCGCUGAUGUUGGUGAGAUGCCUUAUUAGCUGUAUGGAUGUAGGCUUCCUUUUACAUUAAAGUUGAUUACAUGAAGUAAGUUUUUGUUUUCUAUUUGAAAUUAAAUGGAAUCUAUUGGAGGGUUAUCAGAAUUUGUUUGCAUCACAAAUAGGUAGUUUCAGUAACAGAAUAGGGGCACUCAUUAAGAAACAAAUUUCAAUUGGCACAUAUUUGUUUUUUCUUUUUUUUUUUUGACUAAUUUGGUUAUUUGCCAUUUCUGGGGAUUAAACUUUAAAAAAUGUUCUUCUUUUCUGUAUCUGAUGUUCUGUGUGCUAUUAGUGAUGCAGCCAACACGAACGGUUGUCAUGUGUAACACAACUUUCGAUCACCGCGAAAACACCGUCCUGGGAAAGCGUCCAUGCUUGAUAUCGUUUGGUUCAUGAACAUUAAGUUUCCAGUACAGGUAAAAUCCCAGAGGAAUCCAAAGCCCUUUCUUUAUUGGCUCCUGCUCCAACCAUGACAAGUCUGAUGCCUGGUGCAGGAUUACUUCCAAUACCAACCCCAAAUCCUUUGACUACCCUUGGUGUUUCACUUAGCAGUUUGGGAGCUAUACCAGCAGCAGCACUAGACCCCAACAUUGCAACACUCGGAGAGAUACCACAGCCACCACUUAUGGGAAAUGUGGAUCCUUCCAAAAUAGAUGAAAUUAGGAGAACGGUUUAUGUUGGAAAUUUGAAUUCCCAGACAACGACAGCUGAUCAACUACUUGAAUUUUUUAAACAAGUUGGAGAAGUGAAGUUUGUGCGGAUGGCAGGUGAUGAGACUCAGCCAACUCGGUUUGCUUUUGUGGAAUUUGCAGACCAAAAUUCUGUACCAAGGGCCCUUGCUUUUAAUGGAGUUAUGUUUGGAGACAGGCCACUGAAAAUAAAUCACUCCAACAAUGCAAUAGUAAAACCCCCUGAGAUGACACCUCAGGCUGCAGCUAAGGAGUUAGAAGAAGUAAUGAAGCGAGUACGAGAAGCUCAGUCAUUUAUCUCAGCAGCUAUUGAACCAGAGUCUGGAAAGAGCAAUGAAAGAAAAGGCGGUCGAUCUCGUUCCCAUACUCGUUCAAAAUCCAGGUCUAGCUCAAAAUCCCAUUCUAGAAGGAAAAGAUCACAAUCAAAACACAGGAGUAGAUCCCAUAAUAGAUCACGUUCGAGACAGAAGGACAGACGUAGAUCUAAGAGCCCACAUAAAAAACGCUCCAAAUCAAGGGAGAGACGGAAGUCAAGGAGUCGUUCACGUUCACGGGACAAGAGAAAAGACACUCGAGAAAAGAUCAAGGAAAAGGAAAGAGUGAAAGAGAAAGACAGAGAAAAGGAGAGGGAAAAGGAGAGAGAGAGGGAAAAGGAACGUGAAAAAGAAAAGGAACGGGGUAAAAACAAAGAUAAAGACCGGGACAAAGAACGGGAAAAGGACCGGGAAAAAGACAAGGAAAAGGACAGAGAGAAAGAACGGGAAAAAGAGCAUGAAAAGGAUCGAGACAAAGAGAAGGAAAAGGAACAGGACAAAGAAAAGGAACGAGAAAAAGACAGAUCCAAAGAGAUAGAUGAAAAAAGAAAGAAGGAUAAAAAAUCCAGAACACCACCCAGGAGUUAUAAUGCAUCGCGAAGAUCUCGUAGUUCCAGCAGGGAAAGGCGUAGGAGGAGGAGCAGGAGUUCUUCCAGAUCGCCAAGAACAUCAAAAACCAUAAAAAGGAAAUCUUCUAGAUCUCCAUCCCCUAGGAGCAGAAAUAAGAAGGAUAAAAAGAGAGAAAAAGAAAGGGACCACAUCAGUGAAAGAAGAGAGAGAGAACGUUCAACAUCUAUAAGAAAGAGUUCUAAUGACAGAGAUGGGAAGGAGAAGUUGGAAAAGAGCAGUACUUCUCUUAAAGAGAAGGAGCACAAUAAAGAACCAGAUUCAAGUGUGAGCAAAGAAGUAGAUGACAAGGAUGCACCAAGGACUGAAGAAAACAAAGUACAGCACAAUGGAAAUUGUCAGCUGAAUGAAGAAAACCUCUCUACCAAAACGGAAGCAGUAUAGGACCGACAAGUGUACCUCUGCACUCAAUGCUGGAAUCAAAUCCAAAGCUUUUAAUUCUCUCAACAAGAUGUAAACAGGAAAGAAAUCUAGUUGAGCGUAAAGAUAGGAUCUAACAGCUUUUUCAGUUGUUAGAUGACUUUGUGACCAUCUUGUUACUGAGUAAGAAAAUAAAGCAUGGACAUCAUGAAAAUAACAGAUGUUACCCAAACUCAUCUUCUAAAAUCUGUGCAUUUCCAUGGUGGCCGACACACUUGUCGUGUGGUUUGUUAGUGUUUGCCAAGAACCAUUGCAAAUAUAUUGAACAUCAAAGAUCCAAGUUUGUACUAUCCCUAAAGACUGGAGAUAAGCAUUGGAGGCUCUUAAAAAAAAAUGCUAGUUACUGAAUUUUGUAUUGUUUUACUCUUUUUUUAAUUUCAGUAUACACAGUUUGAUGAUGUGCUUGAAAUUGGUGCAAAUAUAUACACACCCUUGUAAGUGCAAAGUAUGUAAGAAGUUUUAACAUUUACUUCACAGGACUUACAGUGAUUGUGUUAAAUUCUCACUUGUGUUUUCUUUUGCUCACUGUUUAGGACAAUUUUUCGUUAAAAUAGUUUCGCAGAUUAAAAUUGCUUAAAUAAGUGGAUUAAAAAACUGACAAUGCAUGCUACUGUUCUCUUUCAAAAGGAAGAGCAACUGUGUUGAAUACUAAUAAUGAUGAAUUGGUAUUCAGUGUUUAGAAUCAUUGGGUCUACCCGCAAAGUGAGCAUUUCUUUCUAAAUUUUCUUGACAUUUCCAGGCUUAUUAUGAAUAAUAUUGCAGUGUGUCUUGUCAGCUGUAGGUGGCAAAGGUGCCCGUAUAAAAAGGAAACUGGCUUUUGAAAAUGGGCUAUGGGAGCACAAGCUGAAGCUUUAGUGCCUUCUACAAUGUGGUAUACUGUUUUCUAGAAUUUUAUAUGUGCUAGUCAUUCUCAAUUCAUAUGGAAUCUAGAUGGAUAUUUCAUUCAUACCCAUAGAGAAUUGUGUAAGUGGAUGUCAGAAGAGCUUCUUAUUUCACCUAAUAUGAGAAGGAAGUCCUGUUUUCAAGAAUGACUUUAGAGUCAUGCAGCUUUGGGACCAUCAGUUUUAUACUGUAACAAUUGAAAAUGAAACAUUUUCUUAUUUUCCUUAAAUCGAAGAAAACUCUUUAGUUGUCUACAUUGGAUGGCCUUAUUACCUCUCAAUCAUCUUUUCAUAAAUGAUGUGCAGAAAUUGUACUUAAAAGAAGGACUUAGGAGUAUUUGGGAGGUUAUUUGUUUUAUGUUUAAGGAUAUGUGUACUCGAGUUUAGAUACAGGUCAUCCAUCAUUUUUAAGCUCACUUUUUUACAGAAAGUAUGCACAUAGUAAAGUGACAACACUGCUGAUGUUUUUCCCCAGUGCUUAUAACUUGUGGUUUCUGAACUCCUCAUUGUUGUAUUUCCAAAAAAGUAAUACCUUUUAAUUAGUUAUUAAAAGAUUAAGUAUAAUUAUUUUAAUGCAAUCUAAUACAAUCAGAUUACUCAGUUGCCUUACCUCAUGGGAAGAGUUACUUUUUUAGAUCUGAAAAGCUGAGUAGCAUGUUAGUUACUUGGUUUCAAUUUGCAUUUUCUUUUAAUGUUAAUAAGAUUGAAACUAGUAUUUGGUGGGGAAUGGAAAGAGUUGCCCUUAUUGCAAAUAAUGAAGCCUGAUUCGAUUAUGAAGCUGCUUAAUCACUCUUCAUGUGUUGAGAAUUACUGUUUUUUGUUUGUUUGUUUGUUUUUCCUUUUUGUCACUGUGUACAUUAAAAUUUUGGAAGAUGCUUUACUAUGUAAAGUAUAGAUGGUCAUUUUAAUCAUUCAACCACGUACGGUUGGCUGGUAAACAGCUUAUUCUGAUAAAAGAAUGCUUGGGUGCAUAUGGAAAGAUUGUGAAAGAGUGUGUCUUGCAUCAACAGCUGUCUUAUUUAUGAUAUAUAAGUAGAAAUAGAGCAAAUGUUGGAAUCUGUUAUUUUUAGUACCAUUUCUCUAAUAAAGCUAAGUAUUUUAGAGGAAAA